CAUUUUACUUCUUUGAGGAUGUUGAGAUUAACUUCAUUAAGCAUUAUUUUCUUUCUCUGUCUUGCUUUUAUUAACCAAUCUGGUGUUGAAGCAUGGAGCAAAGAGGGUCAUAUGAUGACUUGUCGGAUCGCCCAGGACCUGUUGAAUGAUGAGGCAGCUCAUGCAGUUAAAAUGUUGUUGCCGGAAUAUGUUAACGGCAACUUGUCGGCCCUCUGCGCGUGGCCGGACCAAGUCCGGCAUUGGUAUAAGUAUAGGUGGACAAGCCCUCUACACUUCAUUGAUACCCCAGAUAAAGCUUGCAACUUUGAUUAUGAAAGGGAUUGUCACGAUCAACAUGGAGUGAAGGAUAUGUGUGUUGCUGGUGCAAUUCAGAACUUUACCACUCAACUCUCCCAUUACCAAGAGGGAACUUCUGAUCGCCGAUAUAAUAUGACAGAGGCCUUGUUAUUCUUGUCACAUUUCAUGGGAGAUAUCCAUCAACCAAUGCAUGUUGGCUUUACAAGUGAUGCAGGAGGAAAUAGUAUUGAUUUGCGCUGGUUUAGGCACAAGUCAAACUUGCACCAUGUAUGGGACAGAGAGAUCAUUCUAACAGCUGCAAAAGACUACUAUGCAAAGGAUGUAAACCUCCUUGAAGAAGACAUUGAAGGAAACUUCACUGACGGAAUUUGGUCUGAUGAUCUUGCUUCUUGGAGGGAAUGUGGCAGUCUCUUUUCUUGUGUGAACAAGUUUGCAACGGAAAGUAUAAAUAUAGCUUGCAAAUGGGGAUACAAAGAUGUUGAAGCUGGGGAAACUUUAUCAGAUGAUUACUUCAAUUCAAGACUCCCAAUUGUGAUGAAACGCAUAGCACAAGGUGGAGUGCGAUUAGCCAUGCUUCUGAACAAGGUUUUUGGAGAUUUUCAAGAAGAUUCAGUUGCAGCAACUUAAUUGAUUAGCAAAUGAAUUUUAAUAAAAUAAAUAAAAAUCUUAUAGCAGUUAAAAAGUGUCAUUUUUAGGCAUCAUAGGAAUGCCCUCCGUAUAACUCGAGAUGACACACAUCUUGUGUUCUGAUUUAACCAGUCUGACAAUUCAUGGUUGUAUUUAAAUUCCUGUAAUUACCCACAGUGAUGUUACUAAAAGUGUAAUUGUAUUUAGCUUGUUUUAUCUUUCAUACAAAUGGCAAAAUAUAAAUUUAUAAAUUUGCGUUCUUGGCUCA